AAAUGUUGAAAUUCACAAUGCAAUAACUUAAGGGGAAGUAAAGGCGUACAUGCGUAAGGUUAGACUUUUUUUCAAAAUCUGAAGAUGGAUAGUCAAUCACAGACAGUUGUGUGUCAGUUUUAUUCUGUAUAGAUGGCAUUUCUGCUUGGUAUCAUCCUGGUGCUCCUCUUAGAAAUUCAAGGUACCAGCUGCUUAUGGACAGUAAGCAAGAUAAUGGCUAAAACCGGGGGCUUCGUCACUAUUCCCUGUCACUACCAUCUUCUUUACAAGGAGCACCCUAAAUACUGGUGCAAAGGAAGGAACUGGUCAACUUGCAUGACAUUACGACCCACCAACCAAAAGGAGAAGCAACCAGGCAUCAGCUUUCACAACGACCCAGAUGAACUGGUAAUGACCAUGACAAUGACCAACCUCCGCACCAGUGAUUCAAACCGUUACUGGUGUGCAGUGAAGAUUGUAGGUCUCCUCCGUGCAGACAUUAAAGCAUCUCUAGAUCUUACCGUCACUGAGGGUAUUCCAGAUCUGUCAGUGGCCAGCAAUAUGGUCUCGAGUGAAAAAGGAGGCAAUAUUACAGUUGAGUGUAUCUACAGCGAAAAACUUAAAGGUAGUGAGAAGAAGUGGUGCAAAAGUGGAGAUUUACACUCCUGUCAAACGGCUCAGGAUUUAAAGUCUUCCCCUGAUGCAGCUGUACAGAUAAAUGAUACAAAUGAUGGAGUUUUUCGGGUGACACUGACAGGUCUGAAGAAGGCAGAUGUGGGUUGGUACUGGUGUAUGGCUGGUGGGCUUCAGGCUCCAGUUCAUAUUAAUGUUACUUCAGAGCAAUCCAGUGCAACCAACACAGGACCCUCCACAUCUACUAUGAUACCAUGGUCAUCCUACAGUCCAACAAAAUCAUUUACUAUUAAUCCAUCAACAUUUACUAAUGUAAACCGUCAUAAUUCAGGAGUAACAUCAAAAUUACCUGAAAGUAGUUCAGAUGAAAAUGAGAAAAUAUCCACAGCAUCACCAAAGCAGCUUCCCACUACAAUAGAUUCCUCAACUUAUCCAACCACAAGAAACAAAUACUCAUCUCAUUUUAGUGGUAUUACGACACUGCUAACCAGCGGAUCAGCAACUGUUAGUAACUCUUCUGUAUCAUCUGAAGAUCAUAAAUCUCCUUUCGAGUGCAGAGAUCUUGUUUGUGUGAUUAUGAUUGUUUGUGGAGUAUUGCUGCUUAUAUUUAUUCUAUCUGGAAUUUGGACACUGUGGUCAUGGCAUAGAAAAGGAAACACAGGAGAGGAUGCUACAGAAAUAACAACAGAGCUACUGUACAUAAAAGCAAACGACAAAGAUGAUCCUUGAAACAAUGAGUGGACAGCUACUUCAGUUGCCUGUAUCACCACAGGCUCAGACACUGUCUUAAUUACAUAUAAAAAAACAAAAAUUCAAUGAAGAUGUUGUAUUGUUUCAUAAUUAAAUGUGUAUGUGUAAUUAUUAAUAUUUAAUAAUUAAAAUAAUAAUAUAUAUUAUUAGUAUUAUUAUGUAAGAAUAUAUCUUUAUAUUUAUAAAUAUGUGUUGGUAAACUUAAGACUUUUAUUUCUAGACAUAAUGAAAGACUCUUAUUUUGAAGUGUCUCCCCACUGUUUGCAGAAAAGGUAACUGUGUUGAUUACUGCGCGAAACCAUCGACUUAAACGCGUUUAUUAAAUACCCCAAAAGUUUGGGUUUAUGGAUUUUAAACCCAUUCUCCACUGAGACGCAAGGUUAGUCGAUUUUUUUAGAAAUGUUAGUUAUUUCUAAUAUGACAUUUGUAUAAAGGUGUGUUUGAUAUCAUGGAAUGUUGCGCAAACCAAUUGGAAUAUGACAUCAUAGUGUCGCGAGAGCUGUUGGAAAGCUGUAGUUUAGAACACCUCUCGCAGUAACUUGACGCCAAUCUUGAUGUUUGGUUUGCGCAGCGCUGAAUGAAGUGAAACCUGCCUGAUAUUACUUAUUGAGAACUAUCCCAUAGAAUUGACAGAAAACCUUAAUGUAAUUUCCUGUAAUUUCUUAUCUUUAAAAUCCUACUUAAUGUGAAGCGCUGAUGCGACAGGGUUGCUGUUGAG